AUGAGGAAAAGAGAGAGGGAAAACCCUUGUGGGGUAUGUGGGCACUAUCACAAAUAUGAAGAAGGUGAAGUGUGUUCGAUUUGUGGGCAUAGGGUUCCUGUUGGAUCGGAGAAAAGUUCGAUUCAAGUUAGUGCUUUUCCUUCUGUGAUCUUGCCGGAGUUUCUUUACUUGGGGAGCUAUGAUAAUGCUUCACGCUCCGAGCUUCUGAAAACUCAGGGGAUUUCACGGAUUCUCAAUACAGUCCCUUCUUGCCAGAAUCUCUACAAGAACUCAUUUACAUAUCACUGCCUCCCAGAUGAUAAAAGUUUCCAAUUUGAUGAAGCAAACCAGUUUCUAGAGCAAUGUGAGAAGGACAAGGAGCGUGUUCUGGUUCAUUGCAUGUCAGGAAAGAGUAGGUCCGCAGCUGUUGUGAUUGGCUACCUGAUGAAGUCGAGAGGAUGGAGACUUGCUCCGAGUUAUCAGUGGGUAAAGGAACGCAGACCGGCCGUUGAAUUAACUGAAGCCGCCUACCAGCAUCUACAGGAAUACGAGAAAACUCUUUUCGGAUCAGUCGGAAACUCUUUUUUUCUGCCUUCUGCUUUCUCACCUACAGCAGGUCCAUCUUUUGGCUUCCCGAAACCCAACGAUCAACCUCCACUUCCCGCCUUUCCCGCCUUUCCCGCCUUCAGCUGCGCUGGUACUCCUUCAAUUUUCACCCGACCACCCCUCGAUAUAGCUCCUACCGAGUUCACAUUUGGAGCCGGUCAGAAUGUUACUGGAAAUCCUUUCAAUACAAAUCCACCUAAUCCGAAUAUCACCGAUAUUCAAAUGGAUGGAUCUUGA